AUGUGUGAACUAAGGGUUUCUAGGUUAAUGCCCCAUAAUGUUGCCUGCUACUUAGUCACCCGAUUGAGCAGGGAAGAAAAGCAGAGGGAACACCUAACCAAGGAAAAAAAGCGGAAGGAACUCCUAAUCAAGGAAAAAAAACCGAAGGAACUCCUAACCAAGGAAAGAAAGUGGAAGGUGCACAAAAUCAAUCACAACCUUCGCAGCUUCAGCAACAACAACAGCAGCAACAACAACAACAACAGCAGCAACAACGACAACAACAACAACAACAACCUCCACAAUUACCAGCAUCAGGGGGGGAAACUGACAUCCCCAUCAUUCCUUCCGCUGUUGGUGUAUAAACCAUGGUCUUCCUGGCUAGGUAACCAUUCCAAUGGAGGAAGAAGGAGUAACAACCAUAAAAACAGAAGGUCCGCUGAGAGCACCUUUGAUACACUCACAGUAGACACUUUAACACAAUACACAGCAACUGAAGGUUCCACAAUAGGUGACUUAACAGAGGAACAUUCCACCACAAUACGUUCUCGUGCUGCGAACACAAGACCGUCUACCAGAGAAAGCGACACAAGAAAUAAUAAUACACGGCGUCGCGGGAUGGUAGGUUAUCAAAACAUCUAA